GGCAUUCUUCCUUGAAUUGCCUGAGCAAUACAUGAUGUAGGCACAUAUGAAAUCGACUCGGUUCUUAAGAGAACUGUUACUCUUCGUACUAUGGUCGGAAAUACGAGACCCGUGAUUGUUUGAUGACAUAUCCCGGUGCAGCCCUCCACUAACUAAUCAGUAACCACAAGCUCCAAAGCUUCCCUAAGAUCAUUGAGUUAUCUGCAUUCGAAAUAUAGAAACUCCUUAUCAUAAUAACGUGGAAGCAUAUACGCAGCUAUACAGAACCCUACAAUGACCCUCCGGCGCUCCGCCCGCCUAAGUGCAGUGACCACCAGCGUACAACCGACCAUCCAAGCAAAGAAGAUCAGCAGAGCUCAACCACGCAACGGCGUCACCAAAGCGCGAAAGCCCUCUACAAAAGGGAAACAGGCCAAAAAUGUGGUUCUAGAACAGACUCUCGCAGAGGCGACCCUGAGCACAACAGCAAAAGCUGACCCGGCCAAACAAGAGCCCAAUAACAUCUUCGAUCCUUUCCGCACUGAUCGUAGUAUUAGCAGGCUACAUUCCACACCCCCUCCGCUCGACCGUCCCGUUGAACCUCAUAGAACGAACGCGACGCUUCUAACACCCCGCGGUUCAUCGUUGGUGGCCUAUCCGCCCGGCAUCGAGGAUGCCUCGCCUAGCAAAACCGGCCGCCCUCGCCCAACAGCUACGACGGGUACGCUUCUCGAGAAAGCUGUCGCACAUUUGAUCGCUACAGACCCCCGGUUGGAACCAGUCAUAAAGCAACACCCGUGUCCGCUCUUUUCGCCUGAGGGUUUGGCAGAGGAGGUUGAUCCGUUUCGGAGUCUGGUGGUCAGCAUCAUUGGGCAGCAGGUAUCAGGUGCUGCGGCGAAGUCAAUUCGGGAUAAGUUCGUGGCGUUGUUCCACAGCAAAGAUGAGGGUGAUAGUGGGAAGCAGUUCCCAACCCCCGAAGAGAUAAUUCAGUGCGAUAUCGCUACGCUGCGAACUGCCGGUCUUUCCCAGCGGAAAGCGGAAUAUAUUCAUGGGUUAUCGCAAAAGUUCGCACGCGGCGAAUUGAGUGCCCGGAUGCUGUUGAAUGCUAGCGAUGAAGAGCUUGUCGAAAAGCUGACGGCUGUUCGGGGCCUAGGCAAGUGGUCUGUGGAGAUGUUUGCUUGCUUUGCGUUGAAGCGCAUAGAUGUUUUCUCGACCGGUGACUUGGGCGUGCAGAGAGGAUGCGCGGCUUUUAUCGGGAAAGAUGUAAGUAAACUGAAAGCAAAAGGGGGAGGUAAGUUUAAGUAUAUGGCAGAGAAAGAUAUGUUAGAGUUGGCUGCGAAAUUUGCUCCAUAUAGAAGCCUAUUUAUGUGGUACAUGUGGCGUGUAGAGAACGUGGACAUCGCGGUGUUGACUACCUAAUAUUCUGGUUUGUAGUAUAUGAAGUUGUUGGUGUAUACUGGGUUUAGCAACCUGUGCUACGAAUUCCCUACCUCUGGUAACUUACUCAAUAAAGCGCUUUCCUAGGUUACAGUUUACAUCGAGGUUUAGCCUCUAUGUUCAAGAAUGUAAACGUAACCGUGGAGCUUAUUGCCUAUCAGGUCAAACCUAGCUUGCGUACCUAUAGCCUUGGACACUGCCUACGACUGGGGGUAUCAACCACAGCCAUGACCGAUAGAAUAGCCAACCGGAAGAAAUUCAAUCAACAGAAUGGCGACAAAUAAAUUUGUACAGUAUCAGUACA